GCACGUCUCAUCCGAGCCCAGAAGUCAAAACAGCCCAAAUCUCAACUGAACCUGUCGUCUCCCAUCACGGGCACGGGUGCGGCGGAGGCCACCAGCGGCGGCGAGCGGCGCAACCGCGACCCAGGCGAGAAUUUACACCGAUUUGGAUUUUUAGCCUUUCGCUUCGGUUUCGGCAGGGGGAAUGGCGAUGGCGGAAGCAAGAGCAGCCACCGGCCACCGUGGCCGAGGCCCCGCGCCGUCCUGGGUGUUGAUGCAGGAGGAUAUGCUUCAGCUGAUCGCCAGCCGGGUGCUCGCUGGCGACCUGCUCGACUAUGUCCGGUUCCGCGCCGUGUGCUUGCCGUGGCGCGCCGCCACCGCCUGCCCGCGCGGCCAAGGCUUGGUCAACCCGCUCUUCCACCCUCGCCGAUGGAUGAUGCUACCAGAGGGCGAUGGGAUGCACCCUGGACACCCUGCGCUGGGCGGCUACGGCCGCUUCUUCAACCUUGACACGGCCGCCUUCGUCCGCGUCCGCCUGCCGUGCUUCCAGGACCAGGACCACAUCGUGCUCGACUGUCCCGACGGCCUCCUUCUCCUGCAACGCAAAGGGGACGGAGCCAUCUGCCUACAUCACCCUUUCACCGGCGACAUCGCCCAGUUCCCACCGCUAGCCUCCCUCAUCACACAACUGGACGGUGCCGUUGGCGUUGCCGGUGUCGAUGCGAGGUUGCUACUGAGGUUCGACCGCUUCAUGGAUGUCUCAGCAGCCGUCUCCGUCCGUGCGGGUGGCACUGUCACCAUCAUGCUCGCGUUCAUUCGCCUCCAGCGCAUGGCGUACGUCUCCACAGGUGACCUGCAGUGGACCGCGACGAGCUGGAUGAUACCUGGAAUGUGGACAGCGGUGCCGUUCCGUGGCAGCCUCUACCUGGUCAAGGGGUGGAACAAACGCAAGCCCUCGCUCAUCAUGCGCGUCGAUCCACCGGAAUGCUCCAGCUCCGUCCUGUGGUCAUCAGCACCAGCGCAGACAGUGGCGACAUGUCCAGCUGAGAAGAUGACUAAGCCUUACCUGGUUGAGUGCAAUUCUGAGCUUCUUGUGGUCGGCUAUGCCAAGGCCGACCGGCACUCACUUGUGGUUUUCCGGCUUGCCGACCUCCUUCUGGGAGCCCCCACGCCCGCGGCGCCACUGGCAAGCAUUGGCGACCACGUCCUGUUCAUCGGCAAGCGGAACAUGACAGUCAAAUCCAAGAACAUACCGGUCCUCCGCGGGAACUCCGUCGCCAUAAUCACGGCAUCUGCUGCUGACCGACUGCUGCAGUAUAAUCUGGGCAGAGGUGCCUGGUCGCAGUUGUGUGACGGAGACUUGAUCAACGGCCCUGCACCUAGGCCACACAGCCUUGUCCACCACAUUGUCACCUGCUGCCAUCAUGCGUUCUGGAGCAGUGGGCACAUCUGGUACGUUAAGUCGACUGAGCCAUGGAGGCGAAUGACUGCGGGUGCAUACAUUAAACAGUAUCUGCUCUGAUUUGCUGGAGAUGGUUCUUCACUUCUCUAAUGGCCAAGUCUUUACUUUACAGGUUAUAAAAUAGCUUAAUCUGCAUUAAGCGUUCUUAGGGGCAGAAGUUCACUAAUUCAGUCUAUAUAUAUCGAUGUGUUUACCUCCAGUGUUUCGGUCUUGUUGUGGUUGCUGUCUGAUGAAUUCAGAGGAUUAAUGCACUGCUGUUCCUUCAAUGGUAAUCUUCUCUGCUGUGAUGUUUUAGGUACAUGGAGAUAUGCGCUUGAGAAAUUAAGCUGUGGUUUCAGUUUGUU